UGGGAAGCCCUCUUAGCAUGGGAACCCAUCUUCUUGCCAGAAAGAGAGUUCUGCAAGCAAAACAAGAGAAACCCACCCCACGAUUGCAAUGAAGAACAGCUCCAUGCCUCGUUCAUACCAAAACUCCGCAAUUCCUGAAGCCAAUGUUCAUAAUAACUUCACAGAUAAUAGAGCCAUGAGGUCCAACGUCAGUGAUAAGAAGCCGGUUGGAGCCCCAAACAAGCUAGAGACAAAGCCAUCAGUGGACAUUAAUGAAAGUGCUGAGGCAUUCAUCAAGAAGUUCAGGCACCAACUUUUGCUCCAGAGGCUUGAAUCCAUCGAGAAUUAUGAGCAAAUGUUGGCUAGAGGGCUCUGAUCGGUUACACUUUUCUUUUAUCUUUUAAAGUGUUUGCACUGGUAUUCUAGGCUAGCUCCUUCCAAUUGUUUCAUUUGUUUUGGCUUGUAUUUUCUCUGUUAUGAAUCCACAUGGAUGAUAUGGAGGGUUAAAAAUAUGUAAAAGAAUAAUUCUUUAUACUUAUAUAAUUAAAUACAAGCUUUGCUUUUGCAAUAUAUAAUAUUAUGAUGAAUGCUC